AUGCAGUCUCGGCCAGCAUCAGCCGUCCAGCCUGCAGCAGCCAGCCAGCCAGACAGCCAGCCCUCCAGCAGCUGCAGCAGCAAUGGCCCCGGCCAGCAGCAGGGGUCCCGAUCAGCAGCAGUGGUCCAGUCGGCAGCAGCCAGCCAGCCAGCCAGCCAUCCAGCAGCAGCUGCAGCAGCGGCCCUGGCAGCAGCAGCGUUCCCGGGCAGCAGCAGCUGUCCCGGCCAACAGCAGCGCCUCAGCCAUUUGCAGCUAGCCAGCCAGCCAGCCUUCCAGCCGCAGCAGCAGCAGCAGCACCGGCAGCAGCCAGCCAGCCAGGCAGCCCUCCAGCACCAGCAGCAGCAGCGGUCCCGGCCAGAAGCAGCGGUCUCGGCAAACAGCAGCGGUCCAGCCAGCAGCAGCCUGCCACCCCUCCAGAAGCAGCUGCAGCAGCAACGGCCCCGGCCAGCAGCAGUGGCCCCAGCCAGCAGCAGCAGUCCCGGCCAGCAGCAGCGGUCCAGCCGGCAGCAGAAAGCCAGCCAGCCAGCCCUCCAGCAGCAGGAGCAGCAGCAGCUGCAUCGGCCAGCACCAGCGGUCCCGGCCAGCAGCAGCGGUCCAGGCCAGCAGCAGCGGUCCCGGCCAGCAGCAGCGGUCCAGCCGGCAGCAGAAAGCCAGCCAGCCAGCCCUCCAGCAGCAGCGGCGCCGGCCAGCAGCAGCUGCCCCAGCCAGCAGCAGCGGUGCCGUCCAGCAGCAGUGGUCCCGUCCAGCAGCAGUGGUCCAGCCGGCAGCAGCCAGCCAGCCAGGCAGCCAGCCAGCCCUCCAGCAGCAGCAGCAGCGACCCCGUUUCGAUCCCGGAUGAUCCCCAGUUCGAUUACUCCCUCUUCCCGG